GUCAAGAGGUCGAAAGUCUAAUAUACAGAGGCAACUGUAAACAAUGCGGAAUCAAUAAUUGAACGCUUGGAUAAAACUUGAGGUAAAACAAAGUGAAUUAGAACAAAAUACCAAAGCUGCUAAUGCUACAAAACAACUUAUUAAGAAAACAGUGGAUAACUUGGAGAAGCAAAUCAAAUGAUAAAAUAAAAACUUUGCAUAAUGUGUUAGCUGAGUUGGAAGAAAAAUUAAAAAAGGCCAUGGUGCCGCUAGAAGGUUCCAUGCAGAACAUAGAGACCUCUACAAAAAAGAAAUUUGAAGAAAUUCGCAAAGUCCUCAAGGAAAACGGAGAAACUGCUGAAGAAAAACAUGUUUUUAUCUUAGAUUCACUUGAUAAAUUAAAUAGUGCUGUUAACUCUGAUUUGAAAACGAAGGUUGCUGAUUUUGAUAUGCACAUAACUUCUAUACGAACAUCAAAAGACGAGGCAGAUAAACUUUUAGAAGAACUGCAAACAGUUGUCGAAAAGAUUCGUCCAAACACAUUUAAUAAAGACAGUGCAGUAAAGGCGUUUUUGGUCGUUGUCGUGUUUGUUUUGAUCCUGGCAUUCUGGGUAUUUCAAAUUACAGCAAAGUGUGACAGAACUAAAGAAGUACCCUUAGUCAUCAACAUAGACAUUUAAGACAUUUGUUUUCUAAAUGUAAAUUAA